ACAAGUCUGCAAGAACUUGCCAACAUCGAAUAGUUACUUAGUGUGCACCGACGGACCGACAAUAUGGUGGCUGGCUGCGUGAUCACCGAGGAUUGUGCCCUGGCGGUGUCCGCAGACCGGAUGUGGAAGGUGUCCUGCUCCAGCGAUGCCUUGGUUAAAACCUGCGCGGGCAUCUUCGACUCCGUGGACGUGGAGGGCGACGGCGGCCCCGGCAGCGUUACCACCCUGACGCUCAGCGCAGCGGCAGCGGCGGCCCCAGGUGCGGGCGGCAGAGUGGUCAGGAGCCGUGUGUUGGUGCGCGACGACAUGGCGCUGGUGCUAAGGAAUGAGGUGUUGGAAGGCAGCAAGGUGAGCGGCCAGGUCAAGUCGCAGGUCACCGAGGUGAAGUUUGAGGCGGCCGGGGAUGGCGCAUGCGUGGCCAAAUUCAAGGUGGAGUAUGAGAGGCUUGACGGUGGUGGGGCACUGAGCGCGGAGAAACAGGCGGAGCUCAUCGGGGGCUACCUCGCCCUGAUGAAGAUAGUUGAGACCUACCUCGUUGCCAACCCUACCGAGUACGCCUGAUUCAGCCAAGAAGAGAAAGAUGACGGUGUUUCCUCGGAGCUUGGUGUUUUGCUUCUUUUGGUGGCGGGGUCUGGGAGGAAAAUUAAGUGGUGAUCAUGAUUCAUGAGUGUAUGUGGAGUUUGUGCGAGUGUUCAUCCUUGUUGUCUGCUUGUGUUUUAUUUUUGCUUCAAGAUAUACUACUAGUAUACUACAGAAGUAUUUGCA